CAAAACGGCCCUAUAAUCAAAACAGCCGUGUCUUCAACAGCCACCGUUUGCUUCUCUCAAAUCGACAAUCGACAAUCAAAUCAUCAUGAAGCUGAUCGCGAGUUUGUGCUUGUUGAUCGUCAUCGGGUGCACUGUGGCCUUUCCCAAAUCCAGAGGCGGCUAUUAUCCGCGCUCUUAUAUGAUCGGGGGCAGUUUCUAUGCCAACCCCCGCUACGCUAGGGAGGGGCCUGGAUACGAGUACCUUCCCCCCGGCCAAAUGACCGCAAUGGUAAUGGGCGACACUGUUGCCACCAACUCAUUCUCCGGCUCCCCUUAUUCCCCCACUAGGGACGUCCUGCCUGGACCUGCUGCCAUCCCGGAUAUUCAGCAGUCCGACGAAGAGCAGGUUUCUGAGCAAGUGACGCAGCGCCAACAACCCUUUGUUGUAGCCGUCCCCGAACCGGAUUCGAUCAACGAGACUGAACCGGAAGUGGAGAAGGGCGACGAGCAGGAAACGCUUUUUUCGAUUGAAGAGGGCACCACUGAGGCGGCCGCCAUCCCCACCACCAAGGCUGCACCAAUCACCACCGUUCGUGCGCCCGUAGCCCCAGCCAGGAAAGUGAAAGUGGGCAAGGCGAAGCGACCGGUGGCGCCCCCCAAGCCUGCAGCCGAAGAAGCAGAGGAAGAGAGCGAUGACGAGCCCGCCCUACCGGCAGCCUGGCCAUUUGCUGGAGUAGGCGCACGAGGUGGCUACAACGCCUUCUUCCCCAUCUUCAUUGGCGGAGCGGGAAGCGCUCGAACAAGAGCCGCUGGCCAAGACGAAGGACUCCCCGGCGCCGCCACUGCUAUUGCCAAUGCCUUCUCCACAGGCAAGGGCGGCGUUGCCACCUCGCACGCCACCUCCUUCGGCGACCCCUAUGCGGCCGCCAUGCUCAGAAACGCCGGCCUUUUCAACUUCCGGACGAAAACCGGCCGGAAACAGCCCGUGCAGGAGGAACUCGAAGAGUAAACGUAGCUGACCGGCGCCAUUUUGUUUAUAUAUAGCACAGCAGCACAACAGCGUUUGGGCGCUUAGACGACUUUAAGCGACUCCAUGUACAAAUAAAACUUUCUAAGUUCAA